AUGCCAUUCUGUAAAAGUGCCUUCUCAUUCAGCAGAACUAAACCACGAAAAAAUGUUUCAAAAAGUUCAGUAAAAUUGCCUGUACAUGAACUUUAUCGUGAUCUGGGCCCAAACUGUGAAGUAAUUGAUGUUAAAGUAGCGGAUAAAAAAAUUGCUUUUGAUAUCGAAAAUGGCUAUUGGAAUACAGCUGGUGCUGAAAGUCUCUAUGGAAUAAAAUCGAUUGGUAGUACACAAACAAUUCGAAAACAAGUUGCAAUAUCUAACGAAGAAAACAAUAUGUUAAAACUUAAAAUUGAAGUUUUAUUAAAUCUUGUUGCUGAAUUCUCAUCUGCUCAACGUUAG